AACAAACUUUAGAAUCUUUUAAAUAAUAACAAUCGAGUAUUCGUGGCAAAAGCCAUAUUCUUUGCUUAUACCUUAUUUUAUGAUUAUUUUCAAUUUUUAUAAGAGAAUUAAUAAAAAUAAGAUUAAAUUUUCUUUUCUCGUUCGAUGUAUUAAAUAUUGAAGGGGAAAAAAAAAAAAAAAAAGAAAAACCUCUUUAUUUCGAUAAAGAGUCCUUCUGAUCACUCGUAAUGUGUGCUUUCAUUGUCACUUGAAGUCUUGAACGUGAUAAUUUCAUGUAUAAAAAUUCGACAAUAAAGUGUAUAAUCAUAUUGCCAUUGUAAAUAAUAUCAUUGUGAUUUAGGAAUUUGAUAGGACUUAAUAUGAUAGGCAAAAAUGAAGAAGAGGAUACCAAUGAUAAUAAUUUAUAUCGUAUUAAAUUAAUAGCCAAUAAAAGAAAAUCUUUGGAAGACAAUACAGCACAAAUACAAGAAAAGAUUAAACAUUGUUUUGCACAAUUGACAGAUGCAUUAAGAUUAAGGGAAAGGCAAUUAUUGCGUCAAGCUGAAGCAGUACACACUCAACAGCUUUCUUUGCUACAAUCUAGUUUAGAUUUUAUUCCAUCUUUAAUUGUGAAUUUACAAAAGAAAGAAGAUCUUUUAGAACAGAUACAACAUUUUGGUAAUAUAGAAUUAUCCGGAAAAAAUUGUAUUACGGUAAAAGAUAUUGAGCCUUACAAAGUUGCGGAAUAUGAAGAAGCUAAUAAAGAUCAUGUCAGUUUUGACAAGUCAAUCAAAUUUGAUAAAGACGUCAAUCCUAUAACUAAACAAAUAAGGAACAUUGAUAUCGAUAAAUUAAAUAUAUCAUUAGAUUGUGCAAAUAUCUUUGAUGAUUCCAGAAGUUUUUUAAACUCCAGUUUAAAUUCAAGUAUAGAAAAUGAAAGACAUUUACAAAUAUUAGAAUCAAAUAAUAUUUCUGAAAUGUGCAAGGAUUCUAAAGUUUUGCCAUUGUGUUCUUCAUUAUACAUAAUAAAGCAAGAUCCUAAUACGUGUAUCAAAGAGAAUGGAGAACAUCAAUUUAAUAAUAAAUGUGCAAACGAUCUACAGGAUAUUACUAUGCCUAAUCAAGGUGCAAAUAUUUUAAUGAAUGGAAUAAAUGAAGAUAUUAAUAUAAGAGUGCAACUAAAUGAAAAAUCAUUGGAUAAGACAGAUUCAUUUGAAUCCAAUCGUUCUGAUGAUCAACAUGAUAUAUCUGAUCGAAUAAAAAAUAUGGAAACUAUAAAAAAUCAAGAUGUUUUGAAACCUGUCCGUGAACAUCCAAAACAAGUUCAACAAUGGUUAGAACAAAUAUUGGUGGAAACAGAAAUAGAACCGAUAGUCCACGAGGUAGGACAAUUUUCCGAAUUAUCAGAAGUUCAACAUUAUAAUAAGCUUCAAUUGGAAACAUAAAUAACAUUAAUUUAUAUAAUGUUUGUCAUCAAAAAAGGAAUUGCACUACUUAUUUAAUUUAUAUCUCUUUGAAUUUUAUAAGAAUACUUUCAUGUCUUAAGUGGGGCCAAAGUUUCCAUGAUAAUGGAAAGUAAACCAAGAAGUCUGAUUUAUCAUUACAAUUAUGUCAUAUGCAUUUUAUAACUUAUUUUCAUUAUUCGAUAUUAUUUUAUAUUAUGAUACACUGGACUUAUCUCUUUUUAUAUUUGCAUUUGAGUAUGUAAGGCAUUCUUUGUUAGAAAGGUGCACAUAAAAUAAUAAUAAUAAUGUGCUUUCAUUUUGUGCUUUGAAUAUUUUAUUCUUAUAAAAGUACUUUUUUUUUACAAGUUUGAGUACUUCCGAAUACUUCUUUCUUUCUUUUUUUUCUUUCCUUUUUUUUUUUUUUUUUUUUCGUAUUUUACGUUUCAUUUCUAUAAAACUGAAAUGCACUGCAGUAAUUGAAAGAAACAUUAAUAAAUAUUUAUUGUUCGUCAUUAAUAUAUAAAACAGAAACAAAUAUUAAUUUGAAUAAUGUUUAAUAUACAUAUUGACUUAAAAUGCGCAAGGGUAAAGAUUGAUAGUAAUAUUUAUAACAGUACUUCAUUAAAACUUAAACAAUUAUUUUAAAUCCGAUAAAAACUAAGUUAUUAUUGUACACAGAUCACAUAAGGCAUUGCAAUAAGUGAUUUAAAUUGUACUGAACUAUUAUCUUUAAUAUAUGUGCGUAUAUUUUUUUAUUAGAAUUAACUUAAAGGCUCGGUGGGGUUUUCAACGAAUUACAAUUAGCAUGCAAGUUUUUUUUUAUUAUGUUUCUCUAUCUUUUUUUUCUUUUUUUUUUCUUUUUUUUUUUUUUUUUUUUUU